CAAGUAUACAAAAAGUGUUACGUCCAUUGUGGUGCAGUUCUUGUACAUCGCGCGUCCUGGACGGUCGUAAAAAUGACGCCGACCGUUUCGGAAUGGUUCUCCGAUCAGCACGUGCUAAUUACAGGAGCGACGGGUUUUAUGGGGAAGGUCCUAGUGGAGAAGUUGCUCCGCUGCUGCCCGAAGAUCGCGACGAUCUACGUGCUGGUGCGCCCCAAGCGCGGACGCAACCCCCAGCAGCGUCUGGAGGAUUUCGUAAACACGCCAGUUUUCGAUCGAGUCCGUGAUACGAACGUGAAGCUCUUCCAAAAGCUGCACUGCGUCUCGGGCGAUCUGAUCCAGAGCGAGCUGGGGAUGAGCAACGACGACAUUCAGCUAUUGCAAGACCGCGUCACGGUCGUCUUUCACAUGGCGGCCAAUGUGCGCUUUGACCAAUCUCUGAAGACGGCGCUCGUCAUGAACACUGGAGGCACGCUGAUGGUGCUCGAGCUUAUUGCGAGCUUCAAGCGAUUGAGGGCUUUCGUCCACGUCUCCACCAGCUACUGUCACUGUGACGAGACCGUGCUCGAGGAAAGGGUUUACUUCGCACCCCACCGCCCGAGAAAAAUGCUCGACCUGGCAUCAUGGAUCGACGAGGACAUUUUAAAAGGUCUCACCCCCAAGUUCCUCAAAAACAGCCCCAACACCUACGCGUACACCAAGUGCCUCACCGAAGAGCUGGUCUGGGAAUACCGCGCGAAAUUCCCCAUCGCAAUCGUGCGCCCCUCCAUAGUGAUCGCCUCGUGGAAGGAACCCAUGCCGGGUUGGAUCGACAACCUGAACGGUCCCACUGGCUUACUCGUCGGAGCGGGAAAGGGCGUCAUCCGAUCGAUGCACUGCGAUCCCAGCUACGAAGCGGAUCUCGUACCCGUCGACAUUUGCACCAACUCCAUUAUACUCACCGCGUGGAAGCUGGGGACCACGGCCCCCUCCGGCGAGCCACUGGUGCUCAACGUGACAAUGCCCAGCGAGAAUUCGAUCACCUGGGGCGAGGCGUUGGAGAUGGGCCGUCGGCAUUUCUACAACAACCCGUUCAGCGUCUGCCUCUGGUACCCCGACGGUGGGAUCACGUCGAACUACUGGGUGCACGCCGCCUGCGUGCUGCUCUUCCACGUCAUUCCCGCGUACCUAAUCGACUUCCUGCUGAUCUUAACGCGCGGGAAGCCCUUCCUGGUGAGGACGCAGAAGCGGAUCGCCAACGGUCUGGGCGUUCUCCAGUACUACACGACGAGAACGUGGCAUUUCAAGAACGAGGGCAUUGGAAAGAUCGCGAGGUCGCUCACCUCGCACGACUCGCUCGUCUUCUACACGAGCACGGUCGACCUGAAUUGGAGCAACUACCUGCUGUCUUACGUUCUGGGCGCGCGCAAGUACUGCGUCCACGAGGAGCCGAGCACCAUCCCCUACGCCCGAAAGGUGCUGAGAAGGUUGUACUAUCUCGACGCCGCGAAGAAUAUCGUUUUCGGUGCCAUCUUCAUCUGGUUGACGGCAACGAAAAUGCAAACAUCAGCUGUCGUUCACCCCCAACAAUUUUUAACCUGCCCUCACAUUCCGUCAAGAAAUGCCGGAUUUCAACGACGACAUGUACUGCUCGCAGCAAAUUUGCAUUCCGCCUACGUUCCCGUAUCUACUCAGGCAGUACGCGAAGGCGGCGAUACGCACCCAGCCGGCCGACCUGCUGAGAUGGUCAACCGCCUACUUCCGGUGCCUCGCGCUCAACGUUCCGCCGCCGGUCAAACCGAGGUUGGAGUACCCGAUACCGAAGUCUCACUUCGGUUUAACGCCGGGAUGGCUGAGGGCGUUGAUGUACCAGCUGCAGAACAACCUGACGGUAUCGUUCAAGGUGCUGUGGGACCGUUGGAUCGGGGCGUGCCUCCAGCAUGAGAAUCUAAUCGAAAUCCUGGUCCUGGGAGGCUUCGCCGAUCCCAAUGCGAUACCGUGGUUCCGUUUCGUCGCGCUGUGCGCCGGCCACCUUACGGAGAACCUCACGCAGACCAUGGUGAUGGUGUGCGAGAUACUGA